GGUAAGGCUUUGAAAUCUUCAGAUCCUAAGUACGCAGUCUUCGUAGUAUUGUCGAACCAAAAUAAAUGUUUCGGUAACAGCAUAUAUGGUAAUGUUAAGGCUUUACCUGAGACAUGGCAAAGCAUUUCUCACGAAACGGUUAAGAUCAGAUUAUUUCAAAAUGUUCUCGAAGCGCCCGGGUCAUUCACCCUACUGCACACACAAGUACGAAAGAUUAAAUUGAAAAUGAAAAUAGAGAUUGGGUAUAUAUUGUUACCACUAAUAACGGUAGCGCUUUUCAUGAAUAUAUUUGGAAACGCAAACGUAGAAUGUGCGGAGGAUCAAGGGUCGAUCUCGGAAUCGAGGAAACGCGACGAAGGAACCAUUCACAAGCGUUCACCGCAGCCACUCAACUUCUCUCCCACAAAAACCGAUCCAAGAAAACGAAAGCGAGAUACGAUAAUAUCAGAACACAAAAGGUCAGUGGAAUUGGAUAAACGUUUGCUGGACCCGUUAAAUCUCGUACCCCUUAAAACCGAUCCUCGCCGUCGUUCAAUCAAAAGGAAACGUUCUUUGGUGUUCUGA